UCCUCGGAGUGAACUCACAUUUAUAAACAAAUCUGUAAUGAGAUUAAAAUUAAAAAUGAGAAGGUUUACUUUGUUGGUGCUAUUUUUGGUGCUGUGUGUACAUUUGCUGGCAGCUAAAGACUUGGUGCUUGGAUCGAGAGUCAAUAACUUGCUAAUCUCUACGGAGAAAGUCGUGUAUAAUAAAAUACCGUUAAUAAGAAGAGACAAAGAUUACACCUACACUGAUCCAAAGCGACUUAUUAUUAAGGGCAUCAUCGCUCGUGAUCUCUCACGAACAGACGCGGAGGUGACCGUAACCGAUGGCGGCGUGGGCGACACGUACGUCAAACUACAUCUGAGAAGCCAAAGGGGCGUAGGUCUCAACUAUCUUAUUCUGAUAUUUACUGAUAACAAAUAAUAAAUAUUGAAUAAAGGUGA